CGAACAACUGAGAGGACGUCUAUUGUCAAAAAUACCAAAAAAGAAAUUUAUAUCAGAAACUAAAGUUUUUAUCCACGCUCUUUAAAAUAUGGGUUUCACUGGCGAUAACGGUGGCUUUUCCUUCGGUGGUAAUUCAUCUCCAACCGCUACAGAGCACAAGAAAGCAGACAGGCCUACGCAUGGCAGGCGACACUCACAUAGGCGACACUCCUCAGUUUCAACGCGUAGAGACAGUAUGCAGCUCAUGUCCGGCAAUCAGUUUAAUGAGUCUUUCCUAGACAACUUAGAUACGGCGGGCCCGUCAAAUAGCCAAGACGUUGCACUCAGCAAAGAAGAUGAGACUGCACUAGAAAAUGGUUUCGUUUCCGCCUCGAAUAGUCUUUCCUCAGAUGGUUUCCUAGUGAUGCCGACAUCUCAGCAAAUCGAUCAAUUGAGUGAUAAUUCAGAUAGCUCUCCAAAUUCACCGUCUGCUUCUACAACAUUCUCGGGAAUACCAACACCACAAAGUCAACAGAUCCGCAGACCGUCCCCGAUGUCGAUCUCACAAAUGCCUCAACCUUUAGGCGCACUCAUGGAAGAGGAGGAAGAUGACGAGGAUGGAUCAACCAAGACAUCUCGACAAUCGAAGCCUUCUUUCAAAACAUACAAAACGAAGCGCAAUUCCGUCGAUUUUGAUAGUAUCAUGAGAACUAAUGGUGGUCCUUCAGCUGGUAAUAGACCUAUUAGGCCACUAUCAAUGAGCAACUCCACUGGCAAAAGCCCAUUCAAUUUCACUUCGAAAGUCUCACAACCACCUACUUUCCAAAGAAGCGGUUCUUCAUCUUCUGAGUCAUUGUCAUUGGGUCACUCACAGUCUUCCAUCGCAAGUUCUAUCAGCUCACCAUUUACUAGUAUGUCUUUUGGUAAAAGUGCAGAUUUCGAUUACGGUGGUAUGCCUCCCAUCCCAUCUGGAUCAACGUCCUCUAGUUCAACAACACCACCUAGAAGACAGAGAGGUUCUAUUCAAUAUAGACGUAGUGAUGAUAUCGAUGAUAGUCCAGCAAGUCAAGUAUCAAAUAAAAAUGGUCCUAAACCACUUAAUUUAGUAAAUAAAGCAAGAUCAGGAUCUAACAGCUCAAAUACAUCAACAGAAACUAGCGACCUUUUCAAUAGCUCACCUUCUAACAAGGCUUUCCUUGAACAACAAUUAACGACUACAUUAGAAGAUUUGAGCAUAUGGCGUGAUAAGAAUGCCGCUUUAGAGAGGGAUCUUUCUAUCGAAAGAAAGGAAAGACUAGCCAGUGAAGAACGUGUAAAGAGGUUAGGUGAAAAGCUAAAUCAAUUGCCAAAUUUACAGGAAUAUCAAAUGCAAAUUCAAAUGAUAAAUGAAAUGAGAGAACAAUUAUUCUACUUAUCAAAUGAGUUAGAAGAGUUCAAAAAAGUUAAUUCGAGAUCCCAGGAAGAGAUUUCGGAAUUACGCUCUCAAUUGAGAGAAAAAGAUCAGAGAGAAGGAGAGAGGAAAGAAAGAGAAAGAGAGAAAGAGAAAGAAAUUAAAACUGAAAAAGAAAAAGAAAAACUAGAUACCGAGGCUACAAAUCAAGAUGAGGAGAAGCCUGUCAGACCUCAUUCCCUGCUUAUCGAUUGGAGAUUUCCGAUGUCAGCAAAUAAUAAUUUAUCACCCAAAAUAGACGAAGAUGAGGAAGAACUUGAGGAACCUUCACCUACAGUUGAUUAUAAUGAUGCCUUUGCUCAUAAUUCUUCUAUGUCUUUUGGUAAAGGCAGUGUAGAUGACGAAAACUUCGGUUUACCACCUAUUAGCACACCGCCUGCUCAAGUGAGAAAUGAUAACUUUGGUUUCUUCAGAUCUAGAUCAAAUAGUUUAUUGAAUAAGGUUGACAAAGUCCGCAACUCAUUUAGUCCUUCACCAAAGUACGAGAAAACAGUUUACGUGAAUAAAGAAAAACAAUUGGAUAAACUCUCGUACGAUAAUAAUAACGAAAUGAUAGAUUUUGCUCCUUGUUAUCUACAAGCUGGAUAUAACCUGACAGAAGUUUAAUUGGAAUCAUACUUUUUGUAUUUUGAAUAUAUGCUUUAUAUGGAUUAAGA